AUGAAGAAAGCUCCUAAGUGUUUUUAUCCUUCUCAACUAACUAAUAGUAAUUGUGGCGGUGCUACUACUAGUAAUAAUUGUGACAGUGGCAGUAGCAGCAAUCAUCAUCAUCAUCAUCGUUGUCCUCUCAAUGUUGUCAUUGUAGUAGUUGACAUCUAUUGCCCCCUUUUACAGGCAGAUAAUCUGGUAUUCUGUAUGAAAAAUGGAAUGAGAAGCAUUAAGUAUAAGCCAGUAGACUAUCAGCAAUUGCACACAUUAACCGAAGCAAAAAAAUUAGCUGCUGCCUCCACAGAGCUAAAGAUCAAAAACGUAGUGCAGACUUCAAAGAUAUCUAAGGAACAACAACUACUAAAACAACACAGGCAGGUGUGGUGGCAGGAGCACCAAAGGCUAAAGGAAGUCAGGUCUAAAGUGGAAUCUGAAAUAAAAUCUUUUUUCAAAGAAGAGAACAUUGGAAGUGAAUGUCUUUCUGACCUUAAGAAUUUUGAGCAAGAGUUAUCUGAACAAUGGUGCCUGUAUCUUAAAAAUGUGAUAAAUCCUAUUCAUCAAUUGAUAGCAGACCUAAAAUACAGACAGCAUUCACACUCACACAGUGAGUUGAAUUCAGUGGAUGUACUGAAAGAGGUUGACUCUGUGAAGAAACAAUUAAAAGCUGUCUUUGAGAGACUUAGCCUGGAGCAACAGAAUUUAGAAAAUAACCUUUCAGACUGGAGUAUUAAAAUACUAGAUCAUUAUUCAGAAGAAAGGAGGAACCUGCUUAGUGAACUGCCAAUGGAAUUAGACGCUUUGGAAUGCCCAUACCCUGAUUUGAAAUCUUCAAUUUUUAAUGAGUUCUGUAACUUUACAGAGAAAUAUCAAAAGAAACUUCAAGAUUUUGAUCUGCAAUUAGAAGACAUAAGUAGAAACUUCCAAUUAAGUGAAGAAGAACACUGGAUAUACCAGGCUGUUUUGGACCAGUAUCCUGGAGAUCUCUGUGGCAGAAGAACUCUGUAUCUGGACAUGUUACAACGAUAUUUUCCUCACAAAUCUAGGCAUGCUUUGGUCGAACAUGAGAAAUGUUGUGACCAGUAUCACUUUGCAAGGGAGCAGCGAAGGGUCCUGAUAUCAAAUUGGAAUAAGAAUAGGAGGGAUUUUAUACAGAAGGCUGUGCUGACACUUGCCGAGGCCUGUGCGGCUCAUGAAAUGGAGAGCACGUUGGCUAAGGACAGGAGAAAGCAACAGGAUUUAUGUGCUGACCUGAAAGCCAAGGUUCUUCAAUAUCGAGCCCACCAGGAAGAGGUAGCACGACUGGAAAUGGAAAUUUCUGCCAGAAGAAGGGAAAAGGAAGAGGAGAAAGAGAAACUGUGGAAGAAGAAGAAAUUGUUACAAAGAGAAGAGAAGAAAGAAAAAAUCAGAGAAUACUGGGCUAAAAAAGAACAGAAUUGGCAAGAAAUGGAAAUGAGAGAUCUUCGGCGUCUAGAAGAAUUGAAGAAAAUAAUGGCUGAACAGUCAGUAAAAGACAGAGAAAGGGUUAACUACAGACAACAAUUAUUGGAAAAGCGUUUGAUGGAGAAAAAAGAGGUGGCUCUUCAAGAAGCACAGGAAGAAGAAGAAAGAGAGAGGCGGCUGGAAGCCCUUAGGAAACAGGUUGCUAUUGUUGCUCAAUUUGAUCCUGUUAGAAUGAUGUCAGAUACAAUGGCAUCGAAAGCGAGGAUGGGUAUUGGAACUGAAGAAGAAUUUAUUCUUCAAAAGCCACUCUUCACAUUGAAUACAUACAACGAACAGCAGAUAAUUUCUGACCCUAGACUUCGUUUUGAGUUAGCACUUCGAGAAGCUGGACUUCAUAAAACCUUUUAUGCCAAAGAGAUAUUACCAAAAAUCAGUCCUCAAAAACCACCAAGAAAGGACAUGGAAUCUACUGUAUUUAAAACCUAGAGUUCAUCUUCAAAUCCUAUUAAAUGUAAACAAAAUUUUUCUCUGAAUACAUUUAUAUGGAUAACAAUGA